AUGGAAUCCCAAGCUUCCGUAGCACUGGUAGUCGGUGUUACCGGACUCACUGGGCUGAGCUUGGUCCAAGCCCUGAAACAGCCCAAUUGUCCCGGAGGCCCGUGGAAAGUAUACGGCGUAGCCCGCAGGCCCCCACCUAGUUGGUUCCCUUCUUCCAUCAUCGACCGCUUCAUCACAUUUGACGCUAUCGACUCUUCCAACACACGCGCCAAGCUUUCCCCUAUUGCAUGUCAAGUCACACACCUUUUCUGGGUGACCUUUCAAAUUCGUGCAGAUGAAGAAGUUAACACGAGAGUCAACAAAACCAUGCUCCUGAAUGUUCUCACCGUCCUCAAAUCUUCCGCGUCUUCAAAGCUGAUCCAUGUGACGCUCCAAACCGGCACCAAACACUACAUGGGCCCAAUUUUCGAUCCGGCCCAUUCCUCCCAACUCAUCUCUCACGAUCCACCCUUUCACGAGAACAUGGCGAGGCUCCCUUACCCCAACUUCUACUACCCGCUCGAAGAUCUCGUUCAAUCCUACGCGCCGUCGCUGACGUACUCAGUCCACCGCUCCUCUAUUAUAAUAGGCGCGUCGUCCAGGAGUGUACACAACACACUGCUCACGCUAGCAACCUAG